UGACAGCGGCGGCGGCGGCGGAGCCGGGCGGGCGGCGGGAGUCGGCGCCUCUGGUUCCUGCUGCUGGUCGGGAGGCGGUGGCGGACUGGCGUCCCGGGAUGGCCUUCAUGGAGAAGCCGCCGGCCGGCAAGGUGCUGCUGGACGACACGGUGCCACUGACAGCAGCCAUCGAGGCGAGCCAGAGCCUGCAGUCCCACACGGAGUACAUCAUUCGUGUGCAAAGAGGAAUUUCUGUAGAAAAUAGCUGGCAGAUUGUUAGGAGGUACAGUGACUUUGAUUUGCUGAACAACAGCUUGCAGAUCGCAGGCCUAAGUCUACCUCUUCCUCCCAAAAAAUUGAUUGGCAACAUGGAUCGUGAAUUCAUAGCCGAGAGGCAGAAAGGUCUUCAGAACUAUCUCAAUGUUAUCACCACAAAUCAUAUCUUAUCUAACUGUGAGCUGGUUAAGAAGUUUUUAGAUCCAAACAACUAUUCUGCAAACUACACUGAAAUUGCCUUACAACAGGUUUCCAUGUUUUUCCGAUCAGAACCAAAGUGGGAGGUGGUGGAACCGUUGAAAGACAUAGGUUGGAGGAUAAGGAAGAAAUAUUUCUUGAUGAAGAUUAAAAAUCAGCCAAAGGAACGGCUAGUAUUAAGCUGGGCUGACCUUGGUCCCGACAAGUAUCUGUCAGAUAAAGAUUUUCAGUGUCUAAUCAAACUUCUGCCUUCCUGUUUGCACCCUUACAUCUAUCGUGUUACCUUUGCCACAGCUAACGAAUCCUCAGCGUUGCUAAUUAGGAUGUUUAAUGAAAAAGGAACUUUGAAGGACCUGAUCUACAAGGCAAAACCAAAAGACCCAUUCCUAAGGAAGUACUGCAACCCUAAGAAGAUUCAAGGCCUUGAACUCCAGCAAAUAAAAACAUAUGGGCGGCAAAUAUUAGAGGUACUAAAGUUUCUACAUGACAAAGGAUUCCCUUAUGGGCAUCUUCAUGCCUCCAAUGUGAUGCUAGAAGGGGACACUUGCCGGCUGCUAGACCUUGAGAAUUCCUUGUUGGGCCUUCCUUCCUUCUACCGAUCUUACUUCGCACAAUUCAGGAAAAUCAAUACAUUGGAGAGUGUGGACGUUCACUGCUUUGGCCACUUACUGUACGAAAUGACUUACGGACGACCACCAGACUCAGUGCCUGUAGACUCCUUCCCUCCCGCACCAUCUAUGGCUGUCGUGGCCGUGUUGGAGUCUACGCUGUCUUGUGAAGCCUGUAAAAAUGGCAUGCCUACCGUCUCCCGGCUCUUACAGAUGCCAUUAUUCAGUGAUGUUUUGCUAACCACUUCCGAAAAGCCACAGUUUAAGAUUCCCACAAAGUUAAAAGAGGCAUUGAGAAUUGCCAAAGAGUGUAUAGAAAAGAGACUAAUUGAAGAACAGAAACAGAUCCACCAGCAUCGAAGACUGACGAGAGCUCAGUCUCACCAUGGAUCCGAAGAAGAAAGAAAAAAGAGAAAGAUUUUAGCUCGAAAGAAAUCCAAACGAUCUGCUGUUGAAAACAGUGAAGAGCAUUCAGCAAAAUACAGCAACUCCAAUAAUUCAGCAGGAUCUGGGGCCAGCUCACCUCUCACAUCGCCGUCAUCGCCGACUCCACCCUCUACAGCAGGGACUUCCACAUUACCUCCACCUCCUCCGCCUCCACCACCAGCAGCUCCCUUGCCUCCUGCGAGCACAGAGGUGCCCCCACAGCUUCCGCCCCAGGCUGUGAACGGGGUGAGCCGAGGGGCCUUACUCAGCUCCAUCCAGAACUUCCAGAAAGGAACUUUGAGGAGAGCCGAAACCUGUGAUUAUAGCGCUCCUAAGAUCGGCUAAAGCUUCGUGUUUACAGUUGGAGGGAAAAGGUUAUUUUUUUUUCCCUUCCACCUCCAACCCCUAAUGCACCCUCUUUCUGGAUGAGUAAUUGCUGAGCCAGUGCAGCCACAUCCGAUAUUGCAGAUGCUCAUAUAAGGGGCUUUUCAAGAAGGAAAUGUUCUUCAAGUAGAAUGAAAUCAGGCUGGCAUUGCUGCCUUAAGAAAUAUUUUGCUCCUUUAUUACCAUUUUAAAGGAGUCUUGUUCAUCCUCUAAUGGGCAUCUUUUUGGGGCAGCAGCAUACUGGAAUCAAUGUUUCCACUAACUGAAGGAUACAGACGAAAAACAAAAACAAUGACAAUAUUCAGUCACAGCAGUGAAUGGCCUUUGUGUUGCAGUCCCUCCUGUCCUGUCAGACAGCUCCUAGAACGGUUCCUCUCAUAGUUCAUUUCUCUAUUCUAAAGCUUCUUCUGGUUAUUCCUUAGGUAACUCCCAUUUUUGCUACCUUAAUUUCGUCUUAGACAUUAACACUGUAGCCCAAAGCGUAGUUAUGUCGCUGAGUCAGAGAAGCCACUGAGUUCUUCCUUUUCCCCUCGAGUAGAAUGAGGGGAAGUUCAUAAUAUUCUCUAAGCUCAAACAGGAACACCAUUGUGGUUACAGAACUCAGGGCUGCUAUAGCAACUACUCCAGACUCUCAGUUCCUUUUAGUUAGCUUAGUAUGUAUUGAAUGGACAAAAAAUGUUAACAUCAGAAAAAGCUCUUGCCAAUUAGAGGAUCUUAAUCCACAGCAAUUAAGUCAAGUUUGGGGUUUGUAGGGGAUUAUUAUCACAACGUAAGUAAAUUUGGCAUCUAUAAAUCAGUUCUGACUUUUGAAAAAUUUAUCCAAAUAUAUCAUCCUUUUAGUGUUACUCGUUUAUUAGAUCCUUUAUCCUAUGAUUUGCUUAAACCCUUAAAUAAAUUGCACUUUAAAGGAUUAUAAAUAAUCCAUCUAAAAUUCAAGUUAUACACAUCAGUGUUGGUUACUAUGCAGAGAGAAUGUCAUUGUGUAUAGUUUCAUGUAAUCUGUGAUAAAUGUUCAGCUGUAUUUUUUAUUAAAAUAAACCAUGUCAAGAAAAUAUGUUGUCUGUAGCUUGGCUAGAUUAUUUUAAAUGGGAAUUUUUUUAUAAUACCUUUUGUAAAGAUAAACAAUAGAUCCACACAGUAUUUCUAAAGUUUCCUUCCCAUUUAUCCUAUCUCUAUUUUCUUUUGUGUCACAUUUUCCCUUUAAAUUAAUAACAGCUAACAGUCCUGCCUUCCUAUUUUAAUUAGGUGCCAUGUGUAUGCUUCUGUAACUAUUUUUAAAAAUAUAUUUUUAUUGAAGUAUAGUCAGUUUACAAUGUUGUGUCAAUUUCUGGUGUACAGCACAAUGGUUCAGUCAUAUAGGAACACACAUGUUCAUUUUCAUAUUCUUUUUCCCCAUAAGUUAUUACAAGAUAUUGAAUAUAGUUCCCUGUGCUAUACAGUAUAAACUUGUUUUAUCUGUUUUAUGUAUAUUACUAUCUGCAAAUCUUGAACUCUCAACUUAUCCCUUCCCACACCAUCCCCCCUGGUAACCAUAAGUUUGUUUUCUAUGUCUGAGUCUAUUUUUGUUUUGCCAAUAAGUUCAUUUUUUUUUUUUUUUUUUUUUAGAU